AUGGUGGGCAGGGGCUGGCUGUACCGCGCGUGCGGCAUCGUCAGUAUCAGAGUCAGGCAUGACGAGUCAGAGUGGGCAGGGUCGGUGUACGGGUGGCCGGGCUGCGUCCGCCACGGCCUGCCUCUGACAGUCGGCGAUACAGUGCACAUUCUGGAGGAGAGUGGUGGCUGGUACCGCGGGUACACGGCCAGGAACAGACACCAGAGGGGCAUCUUCCCCGCCAGCUAUGUCCGUGUCAAACGCGGCAGGCCGGACAGCGACGGACCCCAGAGCCGUCCUCUCCCGGCAGAGGAUGAGGUGGCCACAGAGGUGACACAAGUGCUGCGAGAAUGGAGCCACCGCUGGAAACAGCUCUACUUGGAGCGCGACACCCAGGAGGUCUCCUCGCUGUGGAAGGUGAUGCACGAACUGCUCGACUGGCGGCGUCAGCUCAUCACGGGAACACUCACCCAGGACCAGACCCGCGAGCUGCGGCUCCGAGCCACCGCCAAGGUCGACUGGGGAAACAGGCGGCUGGGUCUGGACCUUGUGCCCCGCAUGGACGGCUGUAUGGUGGACCCCGAGACCAUCUCCGUCGUCGACCUGCACCGCGUGCAUUCGCAAAGUCUGGAAACGUCACAAGGGAUGUCGAUACGGGGCACGCUCCGUAAGAAGAAGCCAGCCGAGCCGACGGUGACCAAUCACAACCUGCACCUGUCUGUGAGCGAGUUCUGCUACCCUAUCGUCGAAGACGUGGAGCUCGACUUCUCCCUGUACGACGCCAAGCGCGCCAGGUUUAUCAGCGAACGAUUUGUGGUUUUGAUAUCAAGAGAUGGCGUCAAGCCUUUCUGCAACAAGUCUGCCAACAAUUCCUCAGCCGUCUUUACGGACCUGGGUGACGUGGACCACGCGCCGGACCUGCACCUGGUGGUGCGCGCGCUCCGACUGGGUCGCAUGUUUCCGGCCGAGUCCGGGCGCCGCGCGGGGCCCCAGCGGCUGCGACGGCCGCUGGGCUGCGCGGCCGUCUGUCUGUGGGAUGUUCUGGGAGGACGGGAGGCGACUGAACGCCAGCUCACCGUGCGGCUGCAGCAGGCAGAGGAGAGGGAGUUCGGCCAGCUGCACGAGCUCAUCAUCCGACAGGCCAGCAAGCUGAGCCCGCUCUCCGGACAGGGCAGCUACGGUUUGUCUCUGUCGCUGCGGCUUCUGAACGGCAGCCAAUCGCACCUGGUGCGGGACCAUCCCCUCCUGCUGAAACACGCUGCCAUCGCCAGAAAACUCGGCUUUCCGGACGUCAUCAUGCCGGGAGAUGUCAGGAACGACCUGUACCUGACGCUGGACCGUGCCGAGUUUGAGAGGGGCGGCAAGUCGACCGGCAAGAACAUCGAGGUGGCGGUGAUGGUGGUGCGCGCCGACGGACGCCUGGUGGAGGACUGUAUUGUGAGCGCCGCCGGCCAGCCGGGUACCCAGCGGUACAGCUCGACAGUGCUGUACCACAACAACACUCCGCGCUGGGCCGACACCAUCCGGCUGGCGGUGCCCAUCGAGCUGUUCGGCGCCGCCCACGUGCGACUCGAGUUCAGCCACUGCUCUAGCACCAAGGAGCGCGCCGAGCAGAAGCUGUUUGCGUUCGCGUUCGCUCGGCUGAUGGACGAUGAAGGGGCGACGAUCGGCGACGGACUGCGUCAGCUCUGCGUCUAUAAAUGUGACGACAGGAACAAACUGCUGAACCCGGCGUCGUACCUGAACCUGGCGUGGCACUCGGGUCAGGCGGAGGUGGCAGUCAGUGGAAACCACCACUUUAAUCGGUCGGCUCGCGAAUCUGUCUGGGUCCAGACUCAGCUCUGCUCCACCAAACUCACACAGAACGGCGACCUGCUGUCGCUGCUGAAGUGGCGGCAGCACCCGGAACGGAUCGCCGACACGCUCAGCCGCGUCAUGAAGCUGAAGGGAGAGGAGGUGAUGAAGUUCCUGCAGGACGUGCUGGAUGCACUGUUCGCCAUGUUCUCCAACGACGACGGCACGGCUACGCAGCACUCGGGACUGGUGUUUCAGGCCCUGGUCAGCAUCUUCAGUCACUUGCAGGACAACAGGUUCGAGCACUUCCGACCCGUGCUCGAGGCCUACGUCAGCGGACAUUUCGCAGCAGCUCUGGUCUACAAGGGUCUGGUGAGCUGCGUGCGCCACUACGCCGAGCAGGUGUCGGUGGCGGAGCGCCAGGAGCCGCUGGCGCGCUGUUUUCGCGCGCUCGAGCUCGUCUUCCAGUUUGUGGUCCGCUCGCGCCAGCUGCUGGCGCGGCAGAGCGGCGGCGGGUCAGACGACACGUUCAGGGUCGACCUGGCUGAGCUGUUUAACGUGUUCAAUAGGACACUGUCCAGCGCGACGUCAGACGCUGCCGUCAGCACUCAGGUGGCGCUGCUGUCGUCGGUGCCGGCCGUCUGCGACCGUCUGGCCGCAGUGGUGCCGGCUGCCGAUCUGGCCCGCCGGCUCUCCCUCAUGUUCGAGGCCCUGCCGCGCGACCCCCAGACGUGCGUCACGCAGGCCAAGCUGAAGGCGAUGCAGGCCACAGCCGGAUCGCAGCUGUUUCAGGACAGAGGUGAGAAUCAGAGGUCAACGGCAGGGGUCAGUUAG